AUGCCAUUGGAAAAUGCGCUUGAGCUUAGUGGAAAGAUCGCGGUGCUUGAACGGGGAAUAUGCGACUUCGUUACUAAGGUGCUACAUGCACAGCAAGCAGGUGCAAUAGCAGUGCUCGUAGCCAACACUAGCGACGACGGUGGCGGCGACGCCUUCGUGAUGGAUGCAGGUCAACGCACUGACCAGUUGGCGGAGGCGGUGAAUAUCCCGGCCAUGAUGGUGUCUAGAUCGCAGUCGACCGACAUCUUCCAGCAGAUCCGUGAGGCGUAUCUGGAUCGCAAACACUUGAGCUUUACUAUCCGAUUCCUUGGAGCUCAAACAGCCUCGCGAGUGCUGGCUCAACAGGAGAAUUCGACACGGCAGAGUCGGAAUGCCGCUCGUAGUAUCGAACUCAAGCAGCAGCGGAAGCAACAGCAACAAGAGGCAGCGAGUCUGCUACGCAAUCGUCUUGGUAAAGUAUCUCAGUCUAAAGGAUCUGCAGCGGUGUCUUCCUCGGAAAGUGUCGUAGCCACACCGAGCACCAGAGCGAGCGAGUUAGCGUUCGACUGGUCACCGUCUUCAUCAAUGAAGAGCAGCUCGGCUGGCUCCACACGUUGUCGUCCUGUCAGUGAACGCAGACGUGAUAUGAGUCGAGGAAAUAAUCAAGAUGAACUUGAAGUAGUAGAGAACACCCACAUUGCUGCAGCAACUCUAGCGAUGCUGCACUGGUGCCCGAUGACGACAGCCUUAUUGGUCUUGGAUGUUCAAAACUACUUCACGCUGCGUCACGGAUACGGGGCCAAGCGAGCAACCGGUGACAAGGAAGAGCGGGACACAAAGGCUUCCGGUCCAGGUAUGAACCCUCAGUUUUACGAUCGCGUGGACAACGAGCUGAUCCCGACGAUCCAGGACGUGCUACUCGCUAGCCGCUCGACCGAAGGAAUGGAGGUCAUCUACUCGGUAGUGGAGAGUGCUACACGCGACGGCCGUGAGAGGUCCCGUGCGCACAAACAUGCUGGCAUCCACGUGCCAAAGAAUGGAUUCGGAGCUCAAGUUCCCAACCGAAUAGCGCCAGACGACGACAGUGACAUUGUGCUCUCGCGCACAGGAGUCAAGUAA